CACAUACGACCUAUUUGUUUAUUUACCUUCUUUUCGAUAAAAAAUAUAUUUAUUCUGGGCGUGACUACUUCGUUUCUGACUGGAACGAAAUAUUACAUAUUGGGUUGUGAAAUUAUUUAACCACUCGACAUUCCAUUGACCAGGUGAGCCUUCAAUCUUAGACGAAACUAUGCUAAGCUAACUGUUGUCGUUAACUAAUUUAGCUCGGCUAACGUUAACGUCGGUUUUGGCACAUUUAGUUAACAAUAAGGCAUCUUAUAACGGUCUAGUUAAGUGCCACGCCGCAAAUACUUUUCACCAAUUCUAUUCAACUAUUCUGUAUAUUUGUUUGUAUAUUUCUGGUAACAUGUAACUAUGUUAGCCACCUCGUAUUGUUACUGUUAUAACGUUAACUGUUUAAUCUUUUCUGUAGUUAUAACGUUAGAUAGGAGUUUCUUGAUUCGUUUGUACUGGGUAAUGACAAAAGCGUAUCUUGAUACUACACCAUGCAAGUUUAUUGUUUCAACAAAUAAAAUCGUAUACCCUCAUAAGUUUCAACAGUUUGCGUGCUGUUGCAAGCAAAACCACUGUGUUUUAUAGUCCACUUUGGCAGCUCACAUUGUUUAUUCCCCAAUAUUAAUCACAGACUACUUCUGUCCCUUUUUAUCUACAUGUUGUGUAUGAGUCCUUCAUAAAUCAACCACCAAACUGACAGAGUCCCUCUGCAGUAGAGACUAUGGGCCGGCUGGAUGAUGCCUCCAAACUCAAAGUGGUGGAACUGCGGAGGGCUGGUCUGAGUUUCCGUAAGAUCCAAGCUGUGCUGGAGUUGGAGAACAUCAAGGUGUCCGCCCAGGCCAUCUACAUGUUCCUGAAGGACUUUCAAGGGCGGCCGCCUGGGAGGGUCAGACCUAUGGAUGCCGGAAACAGCACAUCUCCCGCCCAAGUGCAGCCUCGAUCCGGGGCAAUGCAAGAGAGCUGGAAUAAUACUCAAAUCCAAAAUUUUCUGCGAGAAGCAUCACACCAUUCUGGAUUUGGAGCAUCUGCCCAUUUUGCCAAACAUACUUUGACAAAUCCAGAUACUGGAGCAAAGCCAUCUACGUCUGGUGGGACUGGUGGAGGCAGCCGGCCAGAACAGCACCAAACAGAAAAUAAGGAAGAAAAUGACAUACAGAUUGUAAGUGUCACCUCCCUUGCACAGAGCAGCCAGCAGAGAGUUCCCCCCACGUUAACAACAGCAGAGGCCAGUGCUUUGUCUACCACGCUUACAGUCUCUGGAGUCAUGAGAAGGAGAGCUACACCAUCUCCAGCCACCAAUUCGAUGCUGGCAGCCCGAAAGAGGCUUUUGGAUAAGGCACUGUCACAUAGGAUGAAGUUGGCGCCAUUGCUAAGGAGAGAUCACACCAGAGUCCAUGGUUCUAAUUUGAGAGGUGCAAUACACCAACCUCCUGAAACUUACGAUCUGACCACUGAAAAGACUGCUGUUGAAGGUCAAUCUGGAGUCAACCCCGCCAGGCGUCUGCUCAAACGCAGACAAUGUCUGUCUGGCAGCUCUCUCCACUCAAUUCCUCCGGUUGGCAUUCGUCUUCCUAAUCGCUCACCAGCACCUUUACCAUUCUCUGCCCCUGGGGUUGCUGUUAUCCGCUUACAGACCCCUGGAGGCCAGGGCGCCACUCAUACUGAUGGGAACCCGAGUCCCCAGCAGGCAGUCCAGGACUGUAGAGGUGGUCUACAGGAUCAAAUUCAGACCCUAGGAUCUGAGGUGCGGAGCUUGGGUCUGGCAGUGAGGAUGCUGGUGGAGCAGCAAGGCUGUCUGGAGAGGGAGCAGACGCAGCAAACACACAUUCAGAAACAGAUCCUCAGCACUCUACAGACCCUCGCCACCAAUUUAGGACGUUGUAACAUUGUUCAACAGCAGCACAACAAAACUCCAUCACCAUCUGGAUUGCCAACAGCUUCAGCAUCUACCUCUUUCAGCCAGGACACUUUCAACUUUAGUCAAGGCACAUACACCCAGUGCAGCCAAACUGAGCCAAGCUUCCGCUCUUUAGAGAGUUUAGAAAAUGUAGAGGCCUUUAAAGUACCAGGUCUGAGCCCUUCAAAUAUGAAUGGGUUUCCACCGUGUAGCAAAGCUGAGAACCUCCCACUUACUUCCACUCCCGCUCGCACACAACCAUAUGCAGCUGCUUACCUACAGCAAAACAGUCAAACACUUAUGCAACCCUACACACAAUCCUAUGUUUCUCCAUACAGCCAGACACAUUGUCAGACUUUCAGAGGAUCAGAGAGUAAAACUACUGAUUUUCCAAGCAGCUGUUCCAGGACCCUCCAGGACUGUGUGUCUAUCCAGCCAGUGAUGGACUCCAACCUCUCUUUGCGGAAUCAAGAGAUCAAUAUUGUCAAAGUUGAAGGAAAGUAGAAGCCGUCAGAUACCACAGAUUUUUAUAUUAUAUAUAUACGGUAUAUUACAUAUUGGGAUGUGAUAAUUAUUUAUUCAAUCAACAACCCAUUGAUAAGGGUGAGUGCUUCAAACUUUCAUGAACCAGUGCUAGCUUGUCGUUAUUUAGCUUGGGUAACGUUAACAUUAAUUCACAAUACGGAUUAUUAUAACGUUACCUAUCCACCAAGUAGAGCAAAUAAAUAGAUGUAGGUACUUUAACGUUUGUCACAAUCAUUGUUUUUAUCACUAAGAAUUACAAAAUGUUACGUCCGACUUCCUCUACUCCUUUAAC